AUGAAAGAUACUAUCAUUAGAUCGCCACAGGAUGGAGAAAGUACAAACCACUUUUUGGACAACAAUUCCAACCAGGAGGUCGGCCCAGAUUCAUCCCCAGAUGUUGAUUCGCUGAACAACCUCAGCAACUCCACAACCAACAACCGCAGCUUCGGUUUGGACCAGAACCUCAACCUGACCCUCAGCAACAAACCCAGCCCUGGAGGGGUCCAUCAGCCCCAGCCUCCAGCCCUCCGGCCCCCAUCACUGUCCGUCCUCUCCUCUCUGAACAAACCCGACCCCUCGGAGGUGGACGACGUGGCCCCGGCGGUGUCUGACUCCAGCACGGACUCCAACUCCACCCCCAGUCAUGACAUUUGUGUGGAUCCUGAUUUGCUUAACGGCAACCUGAACUCCAACUCAAAACUGACCUGUGAGAGCAACGGCACAGUAAUCACGACCUCUGGAUGUAUAAUAAAACUGAUUUCCUUCUGCCUGCAGCAGUUCGAGGACCCAUGCGAGCAGAAGAACAGAGCGGAGGGAGGGGAAAUGAAGAAAACAGGAAGUCAGGUCCUGGAUUCCAUCUGCAUCAGUGAGGCAGAAAAACAGGCCGUUCUCACCCUCAUCAGAGAGGAGAUCAUCACUAAAGAGGCAGUGGCAAACGACUGGAAGAAAAAGUACGAGGACAGCAAACAAGAAGUCAGCGAGAUGAGGAAGAUUGUUGCAGAGUACGAGAAGACAAUUGCUCAGAUGAUUGAGGAAGAGCAGCACAACACCAAGAUUUCCCAGAAGACUUUGCAGGCUGUGACGGCGGAGAAAGAAAGCACCAUGGCAGACCUGAACUCUGUGGAGCGCUCUCUCUCUGACGUGUUUCGGCGAUAUGAAAAUCUGAAGAGCACCCUGGAGGGAUUUAAGAAAAAUGAAGAGGUGCUGAAGAAAUGUGCUCAGGAGUAUCUGGCCCGAGUCAAGCAGGAGGAGCAGAGAUACCAGACGCUCAAAAUCCAUGCUGAGGAGAAACUAGACAGGGCCAAUGAGGAGAUCGCUCAGGUGCGCGGAAAGGCGAGCUCAGAGAACAUGGCGAUGACGGCCAGUUUGAGGAAGGAGCAGAUGAAGAACGAGUCUCUGGAACAAGCUCUGCAGCAGAAGAAUCAAGAGAUGGAGGAACUGACCAAGAUCUGCGAUGAGCUGAUUGCCAAAAUGGGAACAAUAGACUGAGUGACUGCGAGUCCUCAGAGCGACGCCCUGUGCAUGAAGAAGCAACUUCCAUACCCUCUGCCAGCCCUUGCAACAGACUGCUCCUGUACAGAUGUCUAAAGUAACUUCCUGUAAACUACAAUUGCACUACUUCUGACCCGAACCUAGACGGUUUUGUACAUGCUAAUAAUUGUUCUAGUAGGAACUGUGUUAUAUGUAUGUGGUCACGUUGUUUUGUUUGUCUGUUACGAGGCCAUCUUGUGCUUUGCCCAUCAUGCCAGCGAGCAACAACCUGCUUGUGAUUCAACUUUAAUUCCCAGCGGAUUAACAGCUACAUUCCCAGCAACUCCUUGAAUGACAUCAUGCAGGCGGGGUUGUUUAGGAGUUACAUCUUUGCAUACAGUAUAUUUGAUUAGGCUUUGACAAGGAUUGAUUUUUUUAUGAAAGCAACGAUCCAUGACGUGUAUUUUAUGCCAUAAACUCUGAAAGAGAAAAGCUCAGGGGUGUGUGUGUGGCAGAAUGAGGUCAGCGUCAAAGUCAGGCUGCACAAGAACUGGAGGAAAGGAUUUACGAUUAUUUGAGGAAAUACAGAAGUCCUCGGAGGCCUUGGUUUGUUCAGGAGAGAUACUGAAUCCAGAACGAGUCAGUGAAACUAAAGCUGAGAAUAAUUCACAGCGUUAGCUUUACCUAGAUUCUGGACAGCUAAAAUCCUUCCCCUUAGUAUAACAACCUGAGAGUAACAGACCCGUGAUUGUAUAAACAAUAAAGAGAACUUUAUAAUAAAGAGAAAAACACUUAAUCCACUCCACCACUGUACGUUAACCAUCCUGUGUUAAAAGUCCUAAA